CCCUCCAUCCAACCCAACAAACCCACUACCAUUAAGAAGACGAAUCACGAGGCCAACGACCACGCCUGGGAUACCAGGACAGAAGAUAUAUGGAGCAAGGAAUCAGCCGAGAUAUGAAAAUCCCGAGAAAGAUCCAGAAGAGGACGCUCUUGAUUCAUCAACCACUCAUCUCUACAUCAUCAUUGCGGUUAUUCUUGUAAUUCUCGUUGCAGCUGCAGCAGCUUAUGUAUUCAAAAGGUACUUUUUCAAGACAUUCAUGGCCUGGCGUAAAAAGAGAAAGAACGGGGGCGAAGAAAUGGAAAUGCAGAAAACUGAGGGGGUGUACGGAAUCACCAAACAAACUGGUUUACCGGGUAAUGUACCGCUCCCUCCACCACCAAACCAACCCCCUAACACCAUUGCAACGAAGACAAAGCGUCUCGUUUAAAGAUGGGAAUUACUCGGAAAAUGGAAUGUUCCAAGACCAUAGCAUGGGAAUGUAUCCUCAUAGCUUGCCUCCAUCUUAUCACAGUUCAUUCGGGAAUCUCAAUCGAUCUCAUAGUAUGGAUGACAUUUCCAAUGGAUGGGUGCAGAGAGGAAACGACGAACCAAUCUAUGAAGACGACGCAAUGUCCAUCAACUCAAUCGCUUCUUCGAUUCGUUCUUCAAACAGACAUCCAGAACAUGAAGUUUUUAAGAGACAAAAAUUAAUGGAACGACAAAACUCAUUACGAAUGCGCAGAAACAGCUUUGGAGGUGAAUUAGCACCAUCUAUACCACAAAACACAAUGUUCCCUCUGAACGGCCAGUACCAAGCUAAUAGUCUGUACAGCCAGCAAACGCCGUAUGGAUAUGAUCCAAUGUAUGGCGUAUAUGGAUCCCUGCCUUCUUACGGAUCUCAUGGCGCUCAAGGAGCGAUGUAUCCAGGAUACCCAAUGACGUCACGACCAUUAUUUACGUCAUCAACAUCAAAUUUAGCUGCAAAUGAUCACAACAACUUUAUGAUGCAACAAUACAACGGUCGUUCGUCUUCUAUGUAUGACCUCACAACUAUCGGUGUUCCUGAUAUGACAUCACAAUGGCCAACGAAUUUAAAUCAACGUCAUUCAUCUAUGACGUCAUCAACGAACAAUUCAACUUCAACCAAUCCGAUACUCAAGAAGACGACACCAGAUCCGCAAAAUGAACUUGCCUUUACAGCACUCAGAUCAGCUAAAAGCAUGAACGACUUAACAGCUAUUAACACCAAACUAAAUGAAUGCGUUUCAUGGACGUUGCCUUCACAGAGAGGAAAAAGCUUUGCCGACUUGUCUUGACUUGACAUGUUAAAUAAGAAAACCCAUUAGAGCUUAUUUUAUUUAAAGGUUUUUUGCUCUUUUUCAUAGGGUGUUUACAUUUCUAUCUCAAAAUAGGUUAUGUUUUAACAGUCCAUUCCCUUAAAUAGAGGUAGUUACUAGAUUUGGAGGUUGGAGAUUGCAUCGUCAUUGGGUAAUACGGUGGAUUAUGUUUGACAACAUCUGAACUAACUUUCAAACUUUAAGUGUGCGAUGCCGACUCUAAGAAAGCUUUCAUAACAAACUUCUACUGACAAUCUACCAACCAGGCCAAAAAUAAUUCAGCAUGACGGCUAUAUGAAGAACAAUCACGCUGACUUCACAUAAAGAAAUGUUGACUUAACGCCGAUUAGACGUUUAAAACAGAGAAAAAAAUUAUUUAUAGUGUUAUUUCCGCCUUUCUUGGGGGGAUUCACUGUUUUACUGUGAAGUAGGCCCAGUACAAAAAUGCAAGUUACUUAAUUGAAGGUAGUUCUAGAUUUUGAAAAACUUGAAUCCUCUCAAUCCUGAGCAACAGGGUAAUGAAGUCAAAAAUACGGAGUCCGGGCUUUAAACCAGAAGGACUAAGCGUUCGCCAAAAAACGGUUUGUGGACUUAAUGUGAGUCGAAAAAUCCACCCAAAUGAUUUGACACUAUGUAUAUUAUAAAAAAAAUUCAGAUUGUUUUUAUUCAGAUUUUUUUUCUUCGCUUUUUCGGGGUGUUUGCAAGUUUAUCUCAAACUUCAAUUGGUACUAAUAAUCACUAAAUAAGUAUUAGGCUUUUAUAUUUGAGAGAACUCUAUACAUCCGGUACAUCAAGUACCAUUGGUACUAUUUGGUGGUAUGGCACUUUUGGUAGAGGAUAAAUGGUGCUCCCGAAGUAUGCGAACCAAGAUGGCGGACAUCGGAACGUAACAUGGGUAACAGGUUAGGAUUAGACGAUAAUUUCUUUCC